UUUUAAAAAAUGAAUGAGAAAAAAAAUAAAUCAGUAGAAUUUGGAUUGCCAGCCAUACCACCUCUCAUACUCAAGGCAUUUCAUAAACUUUCUAAAGACACUCACAAGUAGGCUGGCCACAUAGGGAAUAUGCAACAGCAGUUCUACCCUCCGCAGUAUCAUUAUUUUGACCAUUACACCCUCCACCCCCGUCUUAAGAGAGAGCAUGCACUAGUUAUCUCCUUAUGCUUUCAAAUAGUGCUGUAAGAGCUUUCAACUUCCCUCACUGAGUCACUAACAGUAGGCAGAAGGGAUAUUUCUUGUUUAACAUACCAUUUUAAGGCUGACACCUCCACCUAAGGUGUUUCAAAGCUGCCAGUCACCAUGGUAUCUCUGUGCCAAUUAACUGAUAACUAUUUGUGUGAAUAAAAUUCUUCCUGGAUACUUACUUAUAGCCUCAGACUUAUGCAAAAAGAACAAGCAAUACCACCUCUACCCAAUUUAAGCUAGAGCAGGAAUUUGGCUGGGCAGAACUGAAAUAUAAAUGUGGCAACACACCACUACUCUUUUAGAAAGGUUUCUGGGGUCACUAAUGAUAUUUUAUAUUACUAUUGAUUUGCACUUCUAGUACAGUUCAGUUCCCUCAGAUUAACAGUGAUGGUAACUAAACUACAAUACAAGCAAUCUUAGGACCAAGCAUAGCAAAUAACUCUCCAGAGAGUAUCAGUGUUCUCUCUUGGUUUUUAAUUUUAUUUACUCACAGUGGUGGGUAGUAUUUUGGUUUCACACUUUUAUGAUCAAUAACAUUUUAAAAUAUUUUGGGAAUGGUGUGCAUAUUAGAGCUCAAACAAAACUCUUGGCUCGGAACAUACACACACAGCAAGUUUGGGGAAAGUUCAGCUCUGGAUAUAAAUUUUAACUCACUUCCACUUUUACGGCAUGCUGAUCCAAGACUCCAGAUCCACACCCCGCCCCCACUGAAAUUCACUGCAAGUUUAAGGCAUAAUCUAGACUUUAUUAAUCAGAGUAACUCUAGUUGCUAUUAAAGUUGCAGUGAAAAAUAAAGAGGGGAGUUGCAUUUAAAAUGUUUAAAAAUCCACAAAGAGGCAAGAAAAACUGUGCACAUGAUUACAAUCUGUCAUGUCCAUUCCACUCAGACCUCAGAGAUUAUGACUGUCAUGUGGAAAAUUCUUCAGAAGUACUGUCUGAAAGCACAAGAAGGAUGAGCAUCUUACUGCAAGAGUCUGAAAAGGCAGUGGCAAAAGGGGAGCUAAGCAGAACCCAUACAGUCGCCACUUUGCAAUGCUCUGGUCUGCACAGCUCCAUACAAGUAAAUCUCCUUUACUCAGAGAAGAUGUACAGUGUUUUCACAAACAAGACAAACGUUAAAUACACCCUCCAAAGCCUGAAAGUCAUCACUGAUCCAGAUGAGAGUGUUUCUACUGCCCACAGGUGUCUCUUAUUAACAGAUCAUAAACAAAGUUUUCAGACUGAAUUUAACCUUACAGGCAAAGUGUUUCUGGUGGGGCUAUCAAAUUGCAUUAUUAAUGCAAAGCUGUCUGAGCCUGAAAUUUUUGCAGAGCAACUGCACGCCACAGAGGUACACCAACAGAACAGCAGCUCAGGCAUAGGUGAAGACAGGCUGCUCAGACUAACACGAAGACAAAGCAUCUAUGUCAAAGCAGUAAUCAUAUGUGUCCUGCUACCCUGUGCAUUAGCCUUCAUCGUGUUUGUUAUAUUUGAAGUUCCCUUCCCAUCUGUCCAUGCCCUGGCUGGAGCCAGCAAUGCAACUGUAUUCAGAAAUGUAAAAGACAAGGAGAAGAACGCACAGAAAACCCAAAUUCUGUAUCAUCCGAAGGAUCUGUCAUGGUAGGUCACAAAAAGGGAACCACACAGUUUUUUAAAUAUAGUUCCGUAACAAUUAUAUCAUUUAACAAUACAGAUCUCCCUCAAUAAAAGUGAAUGGCACCAUAGUUCUGAAAGUGUGUUAUGAGGGUGUCUUUUCAAGAUGAAAUGAUUUAAUCUCUUUUUUUCCUGCCUUGUUAAAUGAACAACUAAAGGAGGUGGGUAUCCAAUGCUUAGAAAAAGGGCCUCGAGGAUUCAGGGCAGCAUUGUUCUAAUACCACCACAGGAACCUACUCACUGUGUGAUCUGAGACAAGUUACUUAACUUCAAUGAGUGGCCAUUUAUUUCUCUAUGACAUAGUUGUAAUACUCACCUCCCAACGAUACUGUGAGAUUUAGUGUUUGUAAAGUGAUUUGAGAUCUUUGGAGGAAAAACCCUAUACUGUCAAAUAAACUAUUUAGAAGAAAGGACAAACAACAGCAUUGCAUUAAAUAGGGAAUAUUUCAGCGACUACAAUGUGAAACUCCAUUUCACAGAUCUUAGAAAUGCUUUGAUUUUUCUUUUUCUUUUUUUUAAAUGUAUAUUAAGCAGCAGUUAAAAGCUGACAGACUGAAAGCAAAGAUCAUCAGCAAGGACUGGGCACAGUUUAGUUUUCAAUGGAACAUUAGCAUAAAAAUUUCACAUCAUUGAAUGGUUCAGUGCAUAGACCAGUCAUAUAUCUUGUGUAUCAAUGGCCACUGUUGGAAGACAGGAUAUUGGGCUAGAUGGACCUUUGGUCUGACCCAGUAUGCCCGUUUUUAUGUUCUAAUGGAACAGAAUGCUAUGGGUUUUAUCCUCAAUACAGAGGGAGCCAUUCAUACCAGACUUGGAUAUAGUGAAGUAAAAUGAAUGGCCCAAAUUGUUUCAAAGCACAACAAUAUGCCAGCUGCAAUUCCAAUUAAAAUGAAUCUCUACAGUAUUUAGAGUAGGGUGAAAACUGCAAAGUAAAGCGGUCACCAAAUAUUUGUUCAAUAAUGUUUAAUUUGCUUCAUGCUCCUGGUACGUUUUCUGCAAAUUAUCCUAGAAAAUUAGUUUAUUAACAAGAUUGUUUAUACAUACAAGUUUUGAGCAUAUGCUGUAAAUUUUUGCAGAGCAAUUUCAGAUUUAGAACUCUGAGCAUUCACAUUAUAGAUUUGAUUUUAAGAUUUACUCUCAUCCAGUCAAGGAACAGAAAUAAUACCAUGCGACAUGUGUGUCCAAUCAGAAAACCUAAAAUAUUAAAUAUUUGCAAUGAACUGCUUGGGAACAAGCUACAGCUUAAAAAUUUAUUGUAGAAAUUUGGCAAACAAUUCCAAACAACAAAUGAAAAAUGCCAUCUGUGAAAAUUUCUGAACAGAAAGUGGCAAGAUAUGAGUACUUUAUUCAUUACAAAUCAUUCACUUGGCUCUAGUUGGAGUGACAUUGCUUGGCGAAAAGCAUGAUUGCACAAAGAGGGUUGGGAAUUGGAUUGAGACCCUUCAGACUCAUUUCACAUAGGCUACUGAAGAGCCACCAGACAGUAACUUUUGGCCACAAUCACUCUGGUGUACAUUAGAACAGACAGGCUAGAGGCAAAAGGCUCUAUAUACCAUUUCCAAACACAAGGGCCACCAUCCCUCAUUACAGUCUACUUCAAAUUGAAGCUAGAAGAGGUUACACUAAAUUAUUGGUUUGAAAAAACAAAAAGGACCAUUACACAGGUCAGAUUUUAGGAGCAGGAUUGCUAAAUUUAGUAAUGCUGAAAUAUUCCCCUUCAUUCCCCAGAGAGGAGCUUCAGAACAACCAUCUUGGAGCAAAGCGGCCAAGAUCAUUGCCAUUUAUGAGACUUAGUUCUGAAAAACUGCAUGCUACAGGAGAAAGCACAAUUUUCUGUUUUAUCCAAGCACAGUUUUCUGCUUUAUCCAUAAGUCUGCAUUAUUUUUCUCCUCACUUCUUAUCUUUCAGAGAAGCAAGAACAUCAGCAUUUUACACGAUAUAGAGUCAAACAAUUACAGAUUGCAAUGAAAGUGACAUUAGCCUGUUUUAGGGGCCCUUCUUACGAAACUAACCCCUCGGAACACAUCUCGGUGUUGACUUCCUCCAUGAACUACCUGGAAUCAUAUUUUAACUUCAGCAGUAGACCAUGGUCAUUAGAAACAAAGGGAAUAAUGGAAAAACCUACUUGCAGAAGCAAUAAAGUCCCACCAACAUUGCAAAUUCUCCCUCUGUCUUCCUUAGAUUAAUUGUAGUUGGAGUUCACACAGCAACUAACACCUGCUACACUGAAGAUUGUAUCUAGACAGAUUAUACUUAAAUUCAAGACAAUGAUUAUUCAGAAAAGCGUCAAACAGUGGAACCAACUAAAAGUAUAUAUUCCCUGUCCGUUGAGCUUGAGGGCCAAAUUCUGCCCAUACACAUACACAAAUCCCAUCAACUUCAAUGGCUAGUGGAUGUAUUAAUCAAAGGACAGAAUCUGGAUUUCAGCAUCCAUUCCUUGUGCUACAAUUUAGCCUAGCUGA